AUAACUCGAAUCAGAGGUCAAGAAAAGAAAUUCGUUUCGUGGAUAUUUGUAGAUAGGCCGCUGGGCGGUUAAUUUCCGAAGAUGGAGAGAAAAAUGCUAUAUUUUCUCACAUUUUUUGCGCUUUUUAGUCAUGGUGAAUUUCGACAAACGGCCAUUUCAAAUGCAGAGCCAGAGCCAAUUGAAGAAAAGCGAACAGAGGUGCUUGCCAAAAGUGACAUAGAGAAAGCUAAAACGUUUUAUGAUUACCAAACGCACGUGGUUGCCUACAAGGAUCUAAUUGGAUCAAAAUGUUUCAUAGAGAGGAUGCAAUUAAAUUCAAAUGCACAAAAGCAGGCCCAAAUAAAAGCAAAUCCAAAAAUACUCUAUAUGUACGAUUCUAAGCUAACAAAACGAAAGGUGUACGCCAUAGCAGGUUCCAGAAUUGUGGAGUUCUGUCGAGGUUUUCCCACAUAUCUCCUCCAAGAAUUUUUUCCAAAGCCGACCGACCUAAACGAUGAAGAUUCGGCAAACGAUAUAUUUGCAAACGACGUCAACGUGCGAAAGAAACGCUCACCUCAAAAUUAUUACCCCGGAAGAGUACGCGGGCAAACCCAGUCACAGUAUUUGAACUAUGGGAAUGGGGGAAGUAUUCCCGGUCGAGCAGAAGCCGAGGCAUCUUAUGGUUUAUCAAAGGCGGUAGUCACGGGAAGUAGCGGAAUGGGACAGGCGCAAAGUCAAUCGAGCCCUUUUGGUUGCGACGGAUGUUACGGGCAAGAUCAAACAAUGCAAUUUGGAGGCAGACCAGGUGUGCCAGAAAAUCAGGGUGAACGGCCUGGAGGUAAACCAGGCGGUAACGGUCGGCCACCCUAUUUACCGGGUGGAAAUGGUGGUCCAUCAUAUGGACCUGAUGGAAAACCGGUUGGGCCACCUUAUGGCAACGGAAAACCGGGAGGCAACGGUGGUCCCCCAUAUGGACCAAGUGGAAAACCAGGCGAUCAUAGACCGGGCACUUAUCCGGGACAAAAUGGUGGACCACCAUAUGGUCCAGAUGGUGGGCCUCCUUAUGGCCCUAGUGGAAAACCAGGAGGAAACGGUGGUCUUCCAUACGGACCAAGUGGAAAACCAGGCGAUCAUAGACCGGGACAAAACGGUGGACCACCAUAUGGGCCAGACGGUAGACCGGGAGAAAACGGCGGCCCUCCAUAUGGACCAAGUGGAAAACCAGGCGAUCACGAUCCAGGCACAUAUCCAGGCCAAAACGGUGGACCACCACAUGGUCCAGAUGGUGGGCCUCCUUAUGGCCCUAGUGGAAAACCAGGAGGAAACGGUGGCCCAUAUCCCGAUGGAAAACCGGGAGGAAACGGUGGUCCUCCAUACGGACCAAGUGGAAAACCAGGCGAUCAUAGACCGGGACAAAACGGUGGACCACCAUAUGGGCCAGACGGUAGACCGGGGCAAAACGGCGGCCGUCCAUAUGGACCAAGUGGAAAACCAGGCGAUCACGGCCCAGGCCAAAACGGCAGACCACCAUACGGUCCAGAUGGAAAACCGGACGGCAACGGUGGCCCCCCAUAUAGACCAAGUGGUCCUGACACUUAUCCAGGACAAAACGGAGGACAGCCGCACAGACCAGGCGGUAAUGGUGGUCCAGCUUACGGCCCCGACGGAAAACCAGGUACUUGGCAUGGUGGAAAAUUCAGUGGCGAAUUCUCUGGAGUUUAUGGACAUACAACCAAUCAAAACGGACAGUUUUCUGGUACUUUCGGGGGACAGUAUGAUGUUAACGGAUACGGUCCACCACAACCAGGUUACCCAGGAGGCCCAGGUGCCGGUGGAAAUGGCCCGGGAGGCUAUCCAGGAGAUCCGCAUAAACCAGGUUACCCAGGAGGAAACGGAAAUGGAGGUCCAGGUGGUUAUCCAGGACAUCCACAUCAACUAGGCUACCCUGGAGGGGGCGGACCGGGCGGCUAUCCAGGAGAACCGCAUAAACCAGGUUACCCAGGAGGAAAUGGAAGUCCGGGUGGUUAUCCAGGACAACCACAUCAACCAGGCUACCCAGGAGGUGGUGGACCUGGCGGCUAUCCAGGAGAACCGCAUAAACCAGGUUACCCAGAAGGAAAUGGAGGUUCGGGUGGUUAUCCAGGACAACCACAUCAACCAGGCUACCCAGGAGGUGGCAGGCCGGGCGGUUAUCCAGGAGGACCCCAUAAACCAGGUUACCCGGGAGGAAAUGGUGGCCCGGAAGGCUACCCAGGACAACCGCAACAUCCAGGUUAUCCAGGAGGAAAUGGAGGUACGGGAGGGUACCCAGGACAACCGCUACAUCCAGGUUACCCAGGAGGAACCGGAGGUCCAGGUACAGGAGGGAAUGGAGGCCCGGGGGGUUAUCCAGGACAACCGCAAAGGCCAGGCUACCCAGGAGGCCCAGGGGUUGGAGGCAAUGGUGGUGUAGGAGGUUAUCCGGGGCCGGGUUAUCCAGGAGGUGGUAGACCGGGUGGAUAUCCAGGCCAACCAGAUGUAAACGGAGGUUCUCCAGAAAGUCAAGCAACUCGACCUGGUGGCGCUUGGCCUGGUGGAAAAUUCAGUGGCGAAUUUGCCGGAGUCUAUGGUCAAUCGAAUAACCAAAACGGUCAAUUUUCCGGCACUUUUGGCGGAAAGUACGAUAGCAAUGGUAAACCUACAGGUUAUCCUGUUGGACCUUCAAGUUCUGGUGGCCAUGGUUCCGAUGGAAAAUUUCAAGGUUCCUUUGCUGGAAAUUAUAACUUCGAACAGUAUGGGGGUGGAAAGCUGGGCGGAAGUGGGUGGCCAGGGCCCGGUCAUCACGGUGGUGGAGGGCCGGGUGUAGGUGGAUUUCCAGGACAUGGAGGGUGGUCAGGGCAACCUGGGGGAGGUUCAGGAGUAGGGGGAGGGUCAGGAGCGAGAGAACCCGGUCACGGAGGAUGGUCAGGGCAACAUGGGGAACAGCCAGGAGUAGGUGGAGGGUCAGGAUCGAGAGAACCCGGACACGGAGGUGUAGGUGGACAGCCGGGUUCUGGAGGAUGGAGCGCCGGUGGAGAGCCUGGAGUAGGUGGUUGGCCAGGAACGGGCCAAACUGAAGGCGGUGGGCCAGGUGCUGUUGGAUGGCCUGGGCAACAUCACGAAAGUGGGGGAUCUGGAAACGGCGGAUGGUCUGGAACAGGACAACCGGGUGGAAGGCGACCUGGAAUUGGAAAUGGCGGACCAUCACCUUCUGGAUGGCCCGGAGCAGGAGAGCCAGGAAAUGGAGGAUGGCCGGGAGGAAGCCAACCCGGAGGUGGUGGGCCAGGGGGUGGAUGGCCAGGCGUAGACCACCCUGGCGGCGGGGGUUCAGGACCUGGUGGGUGGACAGAAACAGGUCAACCUGGAAGUGGAGGUUGGCCUGGUAGUGGAACAGCAGGGGGAGGGUCAUCAACGGAUGGUUGGCCUGGAAGUACAGGAGCUGGAGGAUGGCCUACUGGAGGAUAUCCAGGUUCAGGCGAACAAGGCUCGGGACAAUGGGGAACAGGUGGGGGUGUUCCUGAUAAUUACGAACGCCCUGCAGAAGAUGAUGCUAAUUCCCAAGCUCAAACUUCUGUUCAGCAAGUGAACAAUGAAACUCAAGCUAGUGCGUCUGCGCAAGGAUAUUAUGCAGGGGGAAACGCUCAAUCGCAGGUAUCUGGUGUCUACAGUGGAUCUGGAUCGUUUAGCGCAUCUGCGGGAACUAAUGACGGAAAAAGAGGGGCCCUUAGCCAAGUAUCAGGUGGGAAAGACGGAGCUACGAGUAGCGCUCAAGGGACGGGUGGAGUAGGGCAGUCGCAAGCUCAGGUUGAAUUAGCAUCAGCAACUGGUCAGACGUCGUCAAGCGCGCAGUCUAGUGGAUUGAAUCAUGGCACAAAUACACAAGUACAAGGUGGAAUGAAAGGAGGAAUGGCCGAUGCUCAAGCAAAUGGACCGGGAAGUACAUCAUCACAGGCUCAAAUAGGAUUUCUACCACAUGAUGAAACAGAUGAAGGAGGUAAUCAUUCUCCAUUUAGAGGAGGUGGCACAGCUGCUGCGCAGAGUGGGUCGCAUUCGGGUCAAAGUCAAGUACAAUUGCAAGGAAAAUUCUACCAAGGAAUUAAAUAUGUUGGUUCUGCACAAGCUGGAUCUGGGUCAGUGGAACAGUUGAGAAAUCAAAGUCAAUUCGGAAAGGUAAUCUUCCCAGAGAUCAAACCGUUGAAUAUAACUGUUCUGCCGGAGGAGAUACAAAUCAGUAAUCAAAAUGUGUCCACUGAUUCGCUUACUCAUAGUGAAAAUCGGAAGCAUAAAAAUCCCACAACUAUCUCUCCUAGUUCUGAUGACUAUUCUGUAGAAUAUGACGUUGGAGAUGAAGACGAAGAUGAGGAAGUACACCCAAAAAUGCACACUAUUAGUCAAACCACUCGCUCACAAAAGCAGCACGUAGUUCUCGACCCAUUGGAAGAUAUAGACGCAGUUGUUAUGCAAGUGCACGGUCAACCAUCUCUACCCGAGGGUACGGUACUACAACCUGGGCAAGAAGUACCUGGAACGAGCGGAUAUCAGAUACCUAAAGGAUUCCGGGGAGUGGUAAAGUCGGUAGCUGGCGAGCCCCACACACAAGCAACGGGGUACAACUCGCAGGCGCAAACAGUGUCGCUUGUACCCGGUAGAGGUGAAAUUAUUUACAGAAACCCCACGUAUUCGAUUACUUCAAGAACAGGCACGCGAAACGGCCACUACAGCUACGGCUCUGGCUACACGUACCAGCCACGACAAUAUCAGUGGAGAACAGGUGAAAGUGUACCUGGAUUCGUCUCCACGACAACCUCGGAAACCGGUGUACAGAACGUUCUGACAGGAAAACGAAUUCCUUCAGUUUAUUAUAGCCAGUCUUCUACGUGCGGAUAUUUCACUAACACCUGCGUUUACAAUGGAAAUACAAAAAUAUGCAUGCCGAAGCCAAAAUUGAACGCGGAUGGUUCUCCUGUUAUAUGCUAGUUUAGAAAUUUAAGAAAAUAGCUUUAAAAUGCUGCAUUAUUUGUGCAAUAGAUAUUUAUUUGA